AUGUCGGUGACACCGCCACUGUCCGAACAAUUGCCACGGACGAACAAGUUCAUUGGCGAAUCCUUUGCAGUCUCAACAAACAAUAGAACAAUCUAUGCAGGCAGUGAAGAAGAUACUAUGAAGAAGGAGUCUAGGGUAAUCUUACUUGUCGGCCCACAGACUUCCGGCAAGUCAUCUCUAAUUGAUUUUCUUUGUAAUUACUUCUACGGAGCUGAUCUUGAAAAGACAACACGGUACCAUAUUGCAAAUGAGAAAUUUGAUUCGACAACACCAGAAAAGCAGAUAAUUACUUAUGUUUUUAACGACACUAAAAUAGACGUAAGACCCGUUGUUAUAGACACGCCUUCCACAAAUGGAGCUAACGCCGAAGAAAAUCGCGAAGUUAUAGCCAAAUGGUUAAAAGACAAUGAAAAGUUGAAGAUUGAUGCAAUUGGAGUGGUAUUUUCAGCAUACCAAAGGAUGUCCUCGUCCGAUGAGGAGAAUUUGCAAAAGGUCUUAGCAAUAUUCCCUGAGCAACUUCGAUCCAAGCACAUUGUUUUCAUUACCGGGAGUGACGGUUCAUCACCGCCAGUAGGAAUGUUACGAAGAUUCAACCUUGACAGAGCAGACGUGUACAAGGUCAACACUUCCUGCAUCUUCCAGCGACCAGAAGAUGACCCACUCCAAGAACAUCUGAGAGGUAACUACUGGCGAAUGGGCGUUGCAAACUUUGGAGCGCUGUUCUCCCGGCUGAAAUAUGGAGCUUCGCCCUCCUUUAUUGUUUGUGAAUAUGAGCCACCAACGUUACUGUCUCCUGUUUCUAUUCAUUCGUCCAAAUCUUCUCAAAAUUCGGUCGAGACGGUCAUUUAUCGCGCUCCUAGUGGCGACGUUCGUGAGACAGAGAAAUCAACCGUCUACGGAAGUAAUGUUACUACUAACAUAGCAACAAAUGGUGUUCUUUCACAAAAAUCUCCCAGUAGUGAAGAGAUGGUAGCAAUUCAUCACCCACAGCUUGUGAAAGGGAUCUCCGAACGUGACUCUCUAAAAACAGGACGUAAUGAUGGAUACAUGCAUCACCAAACUGACAAAGCCAUUAAAGUAAAUUACGACUCAAAAUCUGCAUUAGAGCACGUAUGUAAUCCACGCAAGGAUGAACUGACUAUGAGACUGAAUGUUGCGGUUUUAUCCGAUAAUGAUGCAUGCAAAAGUGGGGAGAAUGAAAGCAAGCCUAACGAGGGCUGCUUUGAUAACCGCGAAGACCUGUUAAAGAACCUUCCUGGUACGCCACCCUCGCAUAGAACUCAAGAAAGGUCUGGAAGUUUGCCUGCUUAUAUAGCUUUUGAAUGUACAUCACGACCCGUUCGUGACACUUCUAAAGUUUCUUCGGCGGCUCCACUAGCAGACGCAUCUUCUCGACAGCACCAACCCGUGGGAACACCUUCAACUCCGCAGACUACUCAUCAAGUUCCUACGGAAGUGACUCCACAACAAACACCUCAAGUACUGUCGUUCUCGCAUCAGGACUGUGAUACAUCAUUAAAAGCUGCUAAAACUCAAGAACCUGAUCACCUUGGUCUCGCUGCAAUUGACUAUUCAUUUCAAAGUGAAGCAAAGAUGUUGGCAUCAACUUCUCGAGUUCGUGCCAUGUCUCACACUCCUCAUGAGCUACAACUAUGUUUGAGAGGGGAAGAUAUGGUUAGAAGUGCCGGAAGAAAACCUCGGGAAACAACUAUUGAUGACCCGUACUAUCCCUCGACCGAAAGAAUCAAGGAAUAUGCAUCGCCUUUUCGACAUUCUUGGCAUGAAAUUCAUGCUCGUCCGUAUUCCUCAAGACACUGCCAACCGGUCCUAAGUGAGCACAAAACAUUCAAGGAAACUGUGAUUGAUUUCCCUUCUUCACCACCGGUGCACUCUGAAUUAUCAAAUAUGCAUGAUGCAGUUGGAAUUUCGACGUCCGAAUAUUAUAUUUCCGGAGGUGUGCCCGAGCCAUCAUAUGACAGAGUUAGUGAACGGAAACUACUAGCCAAAGAUGACCAAAAGCUACUGACUAAGUACAGUAACACUUCAUCUACGGAGUACGAUCAGCCGGCUUAUGCAUCGAUUCACAAAAUGAGCGGAAGUACUUCUUUGGCAAGAGCAGAAAUGGCAGUGCAACAAAGAGCGAAUGUCCCCGAAAAAACAGGGACUGACAAGGAUCGAGUUUCUUACUCUGGGUAUAGUCGAUCAUUUUACGAUUACGCAUCUGAUGCGAGUGCAGGACGAAACCACGAGCAAGUUCAAGACGGAGCAGAGAAGCGAAAUGAAUUUAUGAUACCGGCGCAGAUGAGGUCAAACAAAUCUCCGAUUGUGGUUCAUCUUCAUAUGGCUAAGACAGCGUCUGAGGUCGAAAGUGCGCCUGGUCAACAUAAUCCCUUGGAAUAUGGUGAUGACUGGGGUGAAGAAACAACAAUUACUCGGAAAGUUGAUGACAGUCAUCCAUGUCCUCAGCUUAUUGAGGAGAGAUACCACUAUCGUCACUACGGAGAUCAGAGGGCAGAAGAUACUCAUAAUGAACGGGCGAAGUGGACAGCAGACACUCCAAGUCCCGUCCCUGCCCUUCCACCUCCUCCUCAGUCAACUUAUUUUCGUGGUACUCAUGGAGCUAGCAGCGAGGUUGAGUUUGGCGGAGGAGAAACACUACCACUUAAGGAGGGAAAGAGAUCCUUGGCAACUACGAAGAAAAUCAGGACACCAAGAACAUUCCGGCAUCCAGGACAAAUUCGCUCUGUGAACUGGUCACUGCAGCCAGCUCAAGUGAAACUAGUGAAUAGGCUAGUGAAGAAAUGGAACGUGUACAACGGUGUUGCACCAAACCACCCUUGUGGACGUGCGCAUCCAAGUGCGAGCGGACUAAAAUUAAUGAGGUCUCUUCACCAUCCUUUUCAAGUGAAACCGAGGAAUAGACACGCUACUGGGGAGACCGGACGAUUAGGGGAAAAUGAGCGGAAGAACGCUGGGUUCUUCAAUCUACUAUCCGAACUCCUUCUCUUCGCCGUGGGUUUUAAACCACGUCAAAAUCGUGAUACAUAA